CACGAAAGCCAAGGGAUGAUGAAAAGGAUGGGCAAGCAUACAGAUUUGUGUCACGAGCUGAAAUGGAGAUGGAUAUUAAAGCUGGCAGAUAUUUAGAGCAUGGAGAAUAUGAAGGAAAUCUUUAUGGCACCAAAAUUGAUUCCAUCCUUGAAGUUGUUCAGACAGGAAGGACCUGCAUCUUGGAUGUGAAUCCACAGGCCCUGAAAAUACUGAGGACUUCAGAAUUCAUGCCCUAUGUAGUAUUUAUUGCUGCUCCGGAGUUGGAGACUUUGCGUGCUAUGCACAAGGCUGUGGUAGAUGCUGGAAUUACAACCAAACUUCUCACUGACACUGAUUUGAAAAAAACAGUGGAUGAAAGUGCACGGAUCCAUAGAGCGUACAACCACUAUUUUGAUCUGACCAUUGUAAAUGACAACCUAGACAAAGCCUUCGAGAAGCUACAGACUGCUAUUGAGAGACUGAGGCUGGAACCGCAGUGGGUCCCAAUUAGCUGGGUAUACUGAGAUUUCUCAAGAGGAGCUUAAGUAACAAAUAAAAUCACCUGCAGCAAAUACGCUAAUGUGACGCUGUGUAGAUACUGAUGAUAACCUAGGGCACCUGUGCAUUUUUACUCUGUGUAUAUUCAAAAGUACACUAUUCUGAAUUUUUAUAAAAAUGUUGAAGGGAGAGUGUACUUAAAUAUGUAAUUUAUUUUAAUUUUUCUAACUUUUUACAGAUAACCUUUCUAUUCAUAUCACAUGAAGGAAAUGCGUUUAAGCAUUUUAUAUGUUUUAAUUUAGUACCUUUGCCUUUUUUCAUCUAAGAAACUUUCAGUCAUUCACUUCAACAUUUACAUCUCGGGUCUUACAUUUUCACUGUGAUUAAAAAAGGAUACUUGAAACAAUUUUUGUAAAACUUGUUAAUGUCAGUGUUUAACUGGUCAAAAGUCUAUAGCUCUUAUUAGUAAAGAACACUAAUUUCUUUGGGUUUUUUUUCUUACUUAAAAAAAUAAUAAUUUCAUGGGAGCAGAAUUUUAAAAAUUAAAAGCAGCAACCAACACAGCUCUAUUGCUCCAGCUUCUCUCAGCUUAAUGUUCAUGCAUUCUUGAUGUUUCACAAAUUCUUGAAGUCUCUUGAGAUGGACAACUAUUGCGUAGGUUCCCUUAU